AACAAAUGGCGGAUAUCACUAGAAAGAAAACUACAUCUUCAAUCCACCACACUCCUCCAUUUUUGUCCCCACCAUAUCCCCUACCCAUUCUUACCUCACCAUGCCCAUCUUCUUCUUCCUCUAAUCCCCAAUCCACUUUUCUUUUCUUUUUCUUUUUUAUUAUUAUUUUUAUUGUUUAUCCUCUGCUUACUGCUCAUUCAUGGCUGUUGCUAUGGCUUCCUGUGGUUCUACUCUUGCCGUUUACACCAAAUUGGUUGCUAUUGAAAAGCAACCCAUCUUCAAAACUGCAUUUUUUGGAUCCUCUUUUGCUUCUGAUCCUGUUAAACAUAUGUCUACUUCUGCAAAACAAAGAUUGUCAUAUUCAUUGAGUACUAUGAUUCCAAAAGCAUCAGCUACAGCUAUUGAGGAUGGAAGCUAUCAGGAUACUGAUGUGGUUCCAACACCCAAAGUUAUUAUUGACCAAGACUCUGACCCGAAUGCAACUGUGGUAGAGAUUACAUUCGGGGAUCGCCUUGGAGCUCUUCUUGAUACCAUGAAUGCUCUUAAAAAUCUUGGCCUAAAUGUUGUCAAAGCAAACGUUUGUCUGGAUUCUUCUGGGAAGCACAACACGUUUUCAAUCACAAAUGCCUCGACUGGACGUAAAGUUGAUGACCCAGAGUUGCUUGAGGCGAUCCGUCUAACAAUUAUCAGCAAUCUUCUAGAAUAUCACCCGGAAUCAAGUGCUCAAUUGGCAAUGGGAGAAGCCUUUGGAGUCGAAGCACCAGCGAAAAAGCUUGACGUUGACAUUGCAACCCAUGUCCAUGUUUAUGACGACAGCCCUGAUCGAAGUCUGCUUGUAGUGGAGACAGCGGAUCGGCCCGGAUUACUGGUGGAUCUUGUGAAAAUUGUCACCGACAUAAAUGUUGCCGUUGAGUCCGGAGAGUUCGAUACCGAGGGUUUGUUGGCGAAGGCCAAAUUUCACGUCAACUACAAGGGUAAAGCUCUUAUCAAACCGCUUCAACAGGUUGUCACGAAUAGUUUACGGUACUUUUUGAGGCGACCAACUACCGAAGAGUCGAGUUUUUGAUAACAAAAUGUUGUCGGGUCACAACGGAGAAUGCGGUUUAUAAACGACGAUGGUGUUGUAGUGUUUCAGAAAAUACUUGGGAGCUUACAUUACAAAAUGUAAAGUCAUUUACAUUUAUAUGAUACCAAAAAACUACAUUUAUGGUUCAUAAACAAUGUUUAAAGCCCGACUCGGGUAGUUAUGAAAGACCCCUUAUGGGUCAUUACCCAA